AUGUCAGCCGAGAAACUCAUUGGCAGCAAGGAGAUGACUUAUCUUAUAUCUACGUCUCCCAGCUCUUUGAAAGGUCAGAGGAUGGAACGACGACUGUGCGCCACCCAAGACGAUCAGCUUCAAGUUGCAAGGGCGGUGCUUGAUCCGCAUCGAGCCAUCAGAAACCAGGCACCUACCAUUACGAAAGCCAUCUCCAAAGAGAGGGUCAGCAUCAUCUCCGGACGCGAAUUCAUCGGUACUUGCUUCCAUUACCUUCACAGCUCUAUUCUCAUCCUGAUCUGCAAGGAACUCUCUGAAUUCCUUGUCGCAUUGCGUGAAUUCAAAUUUCCAAAACUUCCUAUGGUGUCGCGCAGCCCUAAUUACCUUAGAACUAUGUUCGAGGCUCAGUACCUCCCAGGGAUUCGGCACUCACCUCGAUGGGAAGUCCCUUGUCAGCUUAUUCUGGAAUUAAUCAAUUCCCCUAGCUUUGCAGCUUACCCCUGCCUGCUGGUGAUGGCAGAAGAUGCAGUGACUAAACAAGAGCUGAAACGAAUACUCACAGAACAUACACGGAGUGCCGCGUUCAACACAUUAUUAUUGAAGCGCAAUUUCCCUGAGAAAACUGAACAUGAUCAAUUAAAUCAGAAUGUUCAGCUUGUCACUACUUCAAACGACGUACCCAGGGACAUUUUUAUCAUUCCUAUGGCAGUAUCUCGCAUCACCCCUUCUAGAAAUACUGAAUUCAGCCUUCUACCGCGUUCGACAGACCUAGCACCGACUGUGCCGCUAUCAAAGGUUAAUACAAAGGUCAUCGGGCAUAAGCGAAGCAGUAGAGAUGCAUCAGGAAACGAAGUGAACAAUACAGAGACCUUGAGACAUGGGCAAAGGCUGGACACAAUUUCGAGCGUGGGUGGACCAAUGAUCGAUGAAUCGAGCAAGCAGAGAAAUGAAGGGGCUCAUCAUCAAUAUCAUCCCCGUUUUGGAAACUGUUCCCAGGAACUGGCCCUUGUCGAUCUGCUUCCUCUCACACAGCUUUCCUCUACCCUCGUACCGUCCGAACAUCAGUUGUACACAUCCGGGGAUGGAAAAAAUAGUGAACGGCCCGGCAGUAAUGACAUUCCCGAAGACUGGGGAGGCCAUGUUAUGGAUCUCGAGUCUUUUCAGAACUUUACAGAAUAA